GGUUUCCUCCAAAUCCGUAUAUAGUUGAAUAGACUCGAAUCCGCCCCCAUCUCUUUCAUGCCCUCCCAGCCGCGCCCCUCUCACCUCCAUUGGAAUUCCUAAAAUCUUCCGGGCUCUGCUGUGCUCUAAUGGACGCGCUUCAGUCGAAUUACAUGGAUUCUCAAUCUCAGCCUGAAGCUUCAUCCGAAGCUCUUCCCCAACAUUUAUCCCAAUCUCUCGUUUCGGACGAUCAAUCAUCAUCUCAGAACCAUUCUGAAUCGUGCCAUGAAAACACCUCCCAAACCCUAGAUCAGUCCCAAUUGCACCCAGUCAUCGCUUGUCCUCAGGAGGACAAUCAGCCCGGAAAACCCCUAGAUUCGGAACAGCCGGACAUUCAGCUGGGCUCCGAGCAGAAGACGGACUAUAAUUCGGCCCAGGACCAAGAUAAAAACCCGCCGGAGGAUGGCGCCGAGAAGCUCGAGGUCCGGAAACACUUUCUGUCUGAGAACGGGGUGACAAACACUCACAGCGGCACGGACAAGGACCACUCUGGCGGGGAAGAGGAGACUACAAGCAGGAGACGGCGCAGGAGUAGGUGGGAUCCCCCACCUGGCGAGUCUAGCAACGAUGGAACCAGCGCUGGCGGUGAUGGGAGUGGGACUGGAACUGGAAGAAAAAGGAAGUCAAGGUGGGCAGAUGAUGAGCCUAAACCACUGAUUCAGCUACCGGAUUUUAUGAAGGAUUUCACCGGAGGUAUUGAAUUUGAUCCUGAAAUUCAGGCUUUAAACAGUAGGUUAGUCGAGAUCACUAGAAAAUUGCAGUCUGGGUUGCCUUUAGAUGAUAGACCUGAUGGUGCUCGCUCACCCUCGCCUGAACCCAUCUAUGAUAACAUGGGGAUUAGAAUAAACACUAGGGAGUACCGUGCAAGAGAGAAAUUAAACAGGGAAAGACAAGAGAUCAUUUCACAGAUGAUAAAGAAAAAUCCAGCUUUCAAGCCUCCUGCCGACUAUAGACCACCAAAACUCCAGAAGAAGCUUUACAUCCCUGUCAAGGAGUACCCUGGUUAUAACUUCAUUGGACUUAUCAUUGGACCAAGAGGGAAUACUCAGAAAAGGAUGGAAAAGGAGACGGGUGCAAAAAUUGUGAUCAGGGGGAAAGGUUCCAUGAAAGAAGGCAGAUUGCAGCAGAAAAGAGAUAUGAAACCCGAUCCUUCUGAAAACGAGGAUCUUCACGUGUUGGUGGAAGCUGAUACCCAAGAAUCACUUGAGGCUGCUGCAGAAAUGGUGCAAAAGCUCUUGCAGCCUGUUGAUGAAGUCCUUAAUGAACAUAAGAGGCAACAACUCAGAGAACUUGCUGCAUUGAAUGGAACUAUUAGGGACGAAGAAUAUUGUCGGUUAUGUGGUGAACCUGGCCAUAGGCAAUACGCUUGUCCCUCUCGCACUUCCACCUUUAAGAGUGAUGUUAUGUGUAAAAUAUGUGGCGAUGGGGGGCAUCCCACUCUUGAUUGUCCAAUGAAAUCUACAACAGGCAAGAAAAUGGAUGAUGAGUAUCAAAGCUUCUUAGCAGAGUUGGGGGGAACCAUGCCUGAGUCUUCAACUAAGCCCAUCACUGGAACACUUGCUCUUGGUAAUGGUGGUAGUUCAGGUGGGAAUCCUCCUUGGGCGACUAGUAUCAGCACUGGUGCUGUGGUUCCCAGCUCAGCACAUCCGGGUUUAGGGUCAACAGCGGUCAAGCUUAAGGAGUAUGAUGAAACGAACUUGUAUAUUGGUUACCUUCCUCCUACACUAGAUGAUGAUGUCCUCAUCAACAUGUUCUCUCCUUUUGGCACUAUUGUGAUGGCUAAGGUUAUUAAGGACCGUGUUACUGGUCAGUCUAAGGGUUAUGGUUUUGUCAAGUAUGAAGAUGUUCAACAGGCUAAUAAUGCAAUUUCUAGUAUGAAUGGUCACCAUCUUGACGGUAGAACUAUUGCUGUGAGAGUUGCUGGCAAGCCACCUCAGCCGACUGUACCUCCGGGGCCCCCUGCUCCUCCCAUGCCUACAUACCCUCCCCCCAAUCAACCGAUUGGAGCAUACCCUUCGCAGCAAUAUGCAACCGGUGGGGCAAUGGGGAACACUCCAGUUCCGUGGGGACCACCUCCUCCUUAUGCCCACUACCAACUUCCUCCCCCGCCCCCCGGUUCAGCCAUGUAUACUCCAGUUCAUGCUUCUCCUUACGGAAUGCAAUACCCUCCUCCUUUACCUACUGGUGCAACUACUUCAGGGGCCUCCACCCAAAUGGUUCAUUCUAGUGAAGCACAACAAAAUUACAGCAGUAGUUACCCCCCUGGGGUUCAAUCUCAGAGUAGUGCACCUACUCAGUCUGUUGCCACAUAUGUUGCUCCAAUGCCAUCAAAUGCUCAAGCUACAUAUCCAGCAUUAUACAGCUAUCCAUCUUAUUAUGGUGUUGCACCACCACAACCGCCGCCGCCUGCACCAGUUCCUUGGGCGCCAAACCCUCCACCACCUGCUCCUUUGCCAACUGGAGACAAGGCAUCCUAUGGUGCAGAUGCUGAGUAUGAAAAAUUUAUGACGGAGAUGAAAUAAGUUGUGACUACCUUUGCAAGGAUGAUUCCUUGGAGCACUUCUCACGAUUUCUUACCUCUUGCCAUGACUUUUCUUGUUGGAAGUUUCGGACUCACAUCUUUAACCUUGCUGUGUACUGUUAUGACAUUUGCAGAGAGGGAGGAGCUAAAGUGCUGUCCUUACAGAUUUUCAUUGGCAAUUCUAUUUGGGAAAUUUAUUUUAUAAUAUCGGUUGCUGCUUGUGUUGGAUUUUAUUGUUCUGUGUUCUUUUUGCAUCGCGUCAUCUUAUAUUUUUUUCAGAUAAUCUGUUGAUGAUGUUUGUUGUGGCGCUAAAUAACUGACAAUUCAUUUGUGUUUUUUCUUUGACUGAUACUUUCUGGUUUCUUUUUCACUUACAACUCUAAUAACUAACUUGGCUGCCUCAGUUUGUUGCACUAUUGAGUGACAAAUUCAGAAAGACGCCUGGUUCUUGCACCGACCUACAUUUCUUUCAUAGAAGAUGAUAAAAUCUUGAAAUGUGGAGUUCAUGGGAGUAUCUUAUUAUGAUAAGUAUGCUGGAUCCACGUCUUUUUUAAAUUUUAUUACGUAUAUCGACUUUAUGAUAACAUAGUACUGAUUUCUACCGUACAGCUAGUAGCAGGUAAAGGAUGCACAUAGCGCCCUGAAUGGUUUGCUGAUUUGUUUUAUAUUUCAAUGAAAUUUUCAAAAUAACUUACUUUUUAGUAAUCUUUAUGCCAGCACGAUUAUGAGGAAGCGAUUGGUUUGACAGAGUAUUACUCUCCAUGAGAAGUAAUUCUAUAGUUUGGUUCAUUCAAUGAAGGGUCUGGUCGUAGAGGAUGUAGUCUUUAUAUCAUUCUUAUAGUUUUUGCCCCAUAAGUUGGAUUGAUCCAUUGAAUAGGUUUCUUGAUUUGGUAUGUGGCCUGCAGGUAAGCUUGGUGGCCCCCUCCUCAAUGGUGGAAACAUUUGAUUGAUGGUUCACAUUGUGAAUGGGUGGAAAACUGUUUUAAUUUCAUUGCCUUUUUCAUCUGCACAUUUCAUAUUUUAAAAAGUUUGUUUUCGUGUCCCUGUUCUGCUCAAGUCGAGAGACUGAAUAUGAAUUGGAUAAAUGGGUGAUACAUGUUUUGGUUUUAGGGGUUAAAUGGAGGAAGAGAUAAAAGGCAGAUUUUGUGUGUUUGGUAUGAGUGUGGCUCACAACACUUAGAUGUCGGGGUCGAACCAGAACCGCACAAAAAAAUAUAGGAUCCGGAGUUGCACGCCUAUUUUUUGGUUCUCGUUCUCCGAUAUAUGGUUUCCCGUGACAAUUUGGAAACUUUUGGUUCCAGUAUUGGUUCGGUAUCGGAAUUGUGUUCCUUCCUAGUUAGGGGUAUAUACUUAGAGGACAUCAACUUCUUCUAUUUGUCAUCUUUGGGGGAUAUCUGAAAUGUGUUCAAAGCUAGGAAGUACUUAUCUUUU